CUAUGUGUAGUAUGUGUACUCACUCGUACUACUCGUAGCCGCAGCGUUCGCAGUCGCAGUCGUCUAGUCGUCACUCGUCGCGUCAGUACGUUGCUUGCGGGUUGUUGUGUCGCUUUCAUUCUUCCAAAACUGAAGAGAUUGAUCUCGUGACUUGAGAUAUGGAGGACAAACCACAGGACGAGCCGCAGGAAAAGUUUGAGGCCCUGCUUGCAGAACGCCGCACCAUCCACGAGCUGAAAAUGAAGGUGCGACGUUCAAAGAAGCAAGAGGACGAGAUUGUGGCCGACAACAUCAGGAGGCAGAAGGUCGUCGAUAUGCAGAAGAAGAGUGUGACGGAGGAGAAUUUGAAGCUGGACAAGGGUCAAGAGGAAUGGAAGGCCCACGAACAGGAUGUUCAACAUAAGAUCCAGGCCGCACAGCUCCCGGAGAGGGAAAAGAAGGCAAAGGAGGAGAUGAGGCAGGUGAUUGCCGCGGAGAUCGAAUUGAAGGGCCGCAUCCAGGAAGCAAAUGCCAACCGUGACGCGCGUGUCCAGCGUGCACUGCGUGCAGAAGAUGAGGACGACGACGAGGAAUUCUACGAAUUCUACAAUUGAUAUGUAUUGCUUUCAAAUAAAAUUUGUGUUGCUAAAAAGUGCAAGGAUUAAAUUUAAA